AUGGACCAAAUAGUCUUCAGGUUCCUCCGGCAGCAGAACAUAUUGGCCUCAGGAGCGACUGUAAACACUGCCCCGAGACGUCCUGAGAACGUUACUGACAUCGAGCGAACAAAGACGCCAGCGAACACCCCAUGUGCCCAGUCUCCAGUUAACACCCCAUGUGCCCAGUCUCCAGUUAACACCCCAUUGCCCAGUCUCCUGGUACACCCCAUGUGCCCAGCUCCAGUUAACACCCCAUGUGCCCAGUCUCCAGUUAACACCCCAUGUGCCCAGUCUCCAGUUAACACCCCAUGUGCCCAGUCUCCACACCCCAUGUGCCAGUCUCCAGUUAACACCCCAUGUGCCCAGUCUCCAGUUAACACCCCAUGUGCCCAGUCUCCGGUUAACACCCCAUGUGCCCAGUCUCCAGUUAAAACCCCAUGUGCCAGUCUCCAGUGA